UUUGUUUUCAACUAUAGAGCCUCGACCCUCGUGCUCUCUCUUUCUCUCUCAUACAUUUUCUCAGUCGUCUCUCUCAUCUUGACCUCUAUAACUGUGUCGUGUCCUCUCUCUUUCUCUCUCUAUCUAUCUCUCAAACCCUAGAGAGGAGAGUUAAAAGGCGAGACCUUCCACUAUUUCCAAAGUCGUGAAAUCACCAGAGUUAAAUCUCUCUCUCUCUCUCUCACACACACAUCCAACAGAUUUCACGAGUCCCCAAAGAAGGAAAAAAAUCCUAUUUCCAAAGAUGAAGAACAAUAACAACAAAUCUUCUUCAUCUUCUAGCUAUGAUUCUUCUUUGUCUCCUUCUUCUUCAUCUUCUUCUCAUCAAAACUGGCUCUCUUUUUCUCUCUCCAACAACUUCAACUCUUCCUCAAACCCUAAUUUCACUUCUUCCACAUCAGAUCAUCAUCUUCCUCACCCUUCUCAUCUCUCUCUCUUUCAAGCUUUCUCCACAACUCCAGUCCAGCGUCAAGAUGAGUCAACGGGAGUUUCCACCGGCGAUGCCACGGCGGUUCUUUCCAUUUACCCUGGCGGUCCAAAACUCGAAAACUUCCUCGGAGGCGGAGCCACAACGACGAAGACGACAAGUCCAAUGCAACAAGUUCAAUCUGUCGGCGGCGUUGUCUUCUCUUCCGACCUACAGCCACCACAUCAUCCUCCCUCGGCCGCCGAGAUCUACGACUCUGAGCUGAAAUCAAUAGCUGCUAGCUUCCUCGGAAACUAUUCCGGUGGACACUCAUCGGAAGUAUCUAGCGGACAAAAACAACGACAUAACCCUCUAGCUACCUCGGAAGUUUCGCCCACUCCAAAGAAAAAUGUAGAGAGUUUCGGACAACGUACUUCGAUUUACAGAGGAGUUACAAGACAUAGAUGGACUGGAAGAUACGAAGCUCAUCUAUGGGACAAUAGUUGCCGAAGAGAAGGCCAAAGCAGAAAAGGAAGACAAGGUGGUUAUGACAAGGAAGAGAAAGCAGCUAGAGCUUACGACCUUGCAGCUCUCAAGUAUUGGGGUCCUACAACUACGACUAAUUUCCCGAUAUCAAAUUACGAGUCUGAACUUGAAGAGAUGAAACACAUGACUCGGCAAGAGUUCGUUGCUUCUCUAAGACGGAAAAGCAGUGGAUUCUCUAGAGGUGCCUCCAUGUACAGAGGUGUUACUAGACAUCACCAGCAUGGUCGAUGGCAGGCACGUAUUGGAAGAGUCGCGGGAAACAAAGACCUUUAUCUAGGCACAUUUAGCACUCAAGAGGAGGCUGCAGAAGCUUAUGAUAUAGCGGCAAUUAAAUUCAGAGGGCUAAAUGCGGUAACCAACUUUGAUAUCAGCCGCUAUGAUGUCAAAUCGAUCGCCACCUGUAAUCUCCCCGUUGGUGGGCUAAUGCCUAAACCGUCCCCUGCAACCACAGCACCGGACAGAACCGUUGAGCUAUCUCCAUCCGACCCUCCGUCUCUGACCACACCGUCGCUCACCUUCAACGUGGCAACACCGGUCCAUGACCAUGGAGGAACCUUUUUCCACACCGGAAUACCGAUCAAGCAAGACCCGGCUGAACAUUAUUGGUCCAACGUUUUUGGAUUCCAGCCAAACCCGAAAGCUGAGAUCCGACCGAUAGCAACCUUUGGGUCGGAUCUUCACAACCCUUCUCCGGGUUUUGCUAUAAUGCCGGUAAUGCAAGAUGGAGAAAACAGCUUUGGUGGUGGUUUCGUGGAGUCUGAAGAGUAUAAUAGUCAUUCCGGUGCAUCGAGUCCGGUCUCGGCCAUUCCGUUGUCCCCGACAACAACCGUAGGUAACGGUAACGAAGGGUAUGGUGGGAACGUAAACUGGAUUAAUAACACCAACAUUGCGAAUACGUACCAAACUGCAAAGUCGAAUCUCUCUGUUUUGCAGACACCGGUUUUUGGAUUGGAAUGAGCUCUCGAAACUUAUCUUAGUGAGAGAACAAAAGGAAGAUGUAGGAAAAAGAAAACGCUGUUAUGAAAUUCGAUAUUUUCUUAUAGAUUAUUUCAGUAGCUCUUUUUAAAAGAUAUUUUUUUUUUUAAGUUUUUCACUUUUAUGUUUUGUCUUCUGACCAAGAAUUUAGCGGGAUCUGACAGUACUAACUCUUUGUGUUAAUGACCUUAUGGGCUCCUUUUCCUCUUUUCAGUACUGUUAUCUUCUUUUUUAUUUAUUUAUUUCAUCUGUGGGCAAAGUGAAUGAUUGAAGAUGGAACGAUAUGUGAAUAAAUGAAAAAACAAAUCAUCCGCGGUAAUUUUAAAUAUCAUUUGCA